AUGAGGGCCAUCCCCUCCUCUAUGGGUGGCCUCUACUCUCAAAUCCUGUAUCCUCUCCUCCCUCCCAGCUCCAGCAGUUGCGCAGCAUCCUUUACCAAGGCCAUUGAUAUGUUUACAGCCGUGGGCGGUUGUAAAAUAUUUGCAAAGAUUGAUUUAAAACAAGCUUCCACUCAACUAGGGAUGGAAGAGAAAUCUCAACAGAUACGUACCUUAAACACACCCUUAGGAUUGUAUAAGCCUAAGCGUCAUCCACAUGUUGGUAUUGGUUUAGUAUUAGCCCAUGUUAUGCCAGGUGGAGCUGAAAGGCCCAUUGCAUUUGCACCACGUGCCUUAAAUAAGGCUGAGAGAAACUACAGUCAGAUGGAAAAAGAGGGACUAGCUCUCAUCUUUGGAGUAAAAAAGUUCCAUAUCUACGUGUAUGGCUGA